AUGGCACCCAAUAUGGCUCAACCACAAGGUGCACCUAUGACGCACAAGUUUCUUAUUGGAACCAUAGCUGUUCUCUUGGGAGGGUACCUUACUUACAAAGCAGGCUCAGACUUUCAAUUCAUCAAAUAUGAGCCACAUUCCCCUGAAGAAGUCGAGAGAAGACAGCGCGAAAAGAUCCCUUUGAAAAUGACGGUGUUGGACACUACAUCGUUGGAUUUGACUCCUGAGGCAAAGGAAAGGAUCUGGAAGAAGCAGCAAAAAAUGAUACAAGAGAAACAAGAAAUGGAGAAAAGAGAGAAGUGA